AUGAGGCAUCAUUCGAGCAUGCUGAAUGAUAUUGAAAGGGCCCUGGACUCUUUUAGAGAUCAACUGAACACUGCAGAGGAUGAUGUCGACAUGUGGAGGCGAUCAUCAGGCUACAAACCAAAAUUUUCGACACAAGAGACUUGGUUGCUUCUUUGGCCGAAAGGUAUAUGGUUCUCGCAGGCUACCCCAAAGUUUGCUUUCAUGGCUUGGCUUGCAACUAGGGAAAGACUAUAUACCAUGGAUCGGGUUUCUCAAUUGAGUCAAGGCAUUGACACAAGUUGUGUCUUAUGCAAGAACACUCCAAAAUCCCGGAACCAUCUUUUCUUCAAGUGUUCCUUCUCAGCUCAAGUUUGGGAGCAUCUAGUCAAAGGUAUAUUGCAGAAAUCAUACACUGCAGAAUGGACUGGUAUUAAGAUAUUGCUUGUUGAUCGGAAUCUGAAGAGAUACAAGCUGUUUUGUACUCGAUACGCCUUCCAAGCCGCUGUCUAUGCGAAAUGGAGAGAACGCAAUAGGCGCAGGCAUGGAGAACCACCGCUGCCCACUCAAGCUCUGAUGAAGCUUGUUGAUAAAGAAAUCAACGGCAAUAUUUUGCUCUUGAUCGAGUACAACACUAUAAAGAACCAGCGGCACCGGCGUGGGUUGGUACCUACGGUGGUGGCUUGUGGAGAUCUGUCGGGGUGCGUCUCGUCUCCUGUCGUCUAUGGCUGA